AAAUUUUCUAAAAAAUGAGAAAUGACGGUGAAAGAAGAAUAAGAAAUUUAAAAAAAGAAUGCAAUAGGAAAAUGAAGCAAGAUAGUUAUGAUGUCACCUCAAAUUCUAAGAAUAAAGACUAUACCAACUUUACAGUUGAGAAGCUCAGCAAUACCGGAUCAAGUGACAGGAACAUUACAUCAAGAGGAGGCAACAGGCAAUUUAACACGAGCUUUAAAAGGGGCAAGAGCAAAGGUGUUGCAAGCAAGCUGAAUUCAAUAAGAAACGGCAGGUUAGAAAUCGAGGAUCCUGAUGAAAUUCUCUCAAAUGAAUUUCCUUUCAACCAAAUGAACCUGUCUGCUCGUGAUGGGAUUGAUCCAAAAUUGGCAAAGAGUUUAUACUCAAGCAAGCCGAAGCAUCCAACUACCAUCAAAAUUGAAACCAUCAGAGAGUUCAUAAAGUCCAAAAUUACUAAUGUGUACAAGAUGCCGGAUCUUGACCAGAAAAUGAAAUAAGGUCAGAGCUGGAAAGCCACCGCAGAGAGGCUCUAAGCUAGAUAAUAUAAUCUACUCCAUAGUCUCAAUGCAGAUGUCUGAAAGAAAGGAGAACUCUCGGCAUAAUUCCUCCAAGCGGGGUCAAAGCUUUAGCAACCUGCAGCUAAAGAUUAAGCCUAAUAUGAUCAUUCAAGAAAUGCAGAGGGACAAAGAGUUCCUGAAGAGUACCAAAACUACUGCACUCCAGCAGAAAUUGAUAAGAAGAAAUAUUACAAGAAAGAAAACUAUCACUGAUCAAGACCAUGAUGAGGUGCUUGACUCUGAAUUUGGAGAUAAAAAUGCAAAAGAAAGUAGCAAGAAUAAGUAUAAAUCCAUCGCAGAUGAAAGAAACAAUUCCAUGGCUAAUAAUUUACGGCUUGAUAGCGGUAUUAACCCUCGUAAGAGCAUUAUCUUGGAUAUCUCUAUUAUCAACAGAGGGAAAGAUGAAACCUCGAAAAGUGUCAAGAAUAAGACAUCCCACAAGGUUUAUGAUAUCAAAAAUAAAGCUGGAAAUUCUUUAUUUCCAUUAAUCCAAAAGCGAGCUAAUCAUCCCACCCCAAACCGAUAUGGGAGAGUCUUUCCCAAGCGGAGUGCUCAUACCUUGAAGAAGAUUAUAGUGAAAUAAGGAUAAGAGGCGUACCGUACCAAGAGUGAGGCCAAGCUAUAUGCAAAACAAUAUCAAGAAAACAGUUAUGAAUAUGAAUAAUAGAAAAUCCCUUGCUAGAACACUCCAUCGCAAACCUGUUGUUGGCAGAGACACUCCGCCUAGGCGACUAAAUGUACAGGGAGAACACAAGCGAGCCCAGGACCAUUUAUCAGUUUUUGAAAGGCUCUCUCAGUCACACCUAAUAAACUUCAACAGGAGUGACUCUCAUUGUCGUAAAUGAGAAGCAUGUCGGAUGAUUAAAGAAGAAAUAGAACCGUACAGUCACCUUUUCCAGAAAGAGUUGAAGCCAAAGAAGAAAAGGAAGAAGUCUACUAAUCAAAAAUUUAAACAAUAUAUGGGAAUCACUAGUGGUGCUAAAAAGAAGAAAAUACCCCAUAGGACACAAAUCAACGGAAAAAUUGAGGAAGAAGAUACCUCAGAAGAAGCUAAGAAAGCAAAGAACAUGAAAAAUAUGUUCCAUAAGAAGAAAGACUCAAGUAAUAGUAGGAACGAUGGGAUGAAACCAGCCAGUAAUCAAGGCCAAAACGAGGAAGAGAAGAAUAAUAAUGUAGGAGAAACAGCUAAAUUUGGAAUAAAUGCUAAGGUUGAUACCACUGGAGUCUUUGGAAACCAAAAAGCAUCAGAUAGUACGAAUCCACAGUACCUUGACCCAUCGUAUGUAUCUAAAACAGAUGCUACACCAAAGGCGAUUAAUUUUGGUACCAAAAAGUCUUCUGUACAAAUAAAGAAGCCGAUGAAGAAUUUACAAAAUAACCCGAUUAGCAAGCCUUUAACUGCUGAGAAACCUUUGUUUGGAACUUCUAUCAAAGACUCAAUUUCUAGGCCAGAAGGAGAAAGUAUAGAUAGCUCUAAAUUCUAUUGUGAAGGAGAGAGUGAAGGUAGCAUGAAAGAUAAACUCAGUAGACCAGCUUCUAAAUCUGAUGCCUACAAGCAACCUGUAAGUCAGUCAAAUCCUUCAGUCAUGGCAGUAGGAAUGAUUCCUACCAAUCUUGAUAAUAUAAACGAAGAGAGUAAGAGUGAAAAUCAGUUGACCCAGGAUGCAAUCUCUGAAGAAGCAAAGGAAGAAACAAAGCUUAAGCAAGACAGAUUAGAAGUUGAAAAACCAGAGGUUGAAGGAGAGAAUAAUUCAGAGUCUUCUCAAGGAGAAGGUGAUGUUGAUAAAUCAGACACUCCCUCAAACCUUCCCCAGUCUGAUAAGAAUGGUCUCGAAACCCAGCAACAUAAGCCAUCUGUAAUCCCUGUGGCAGAUCCUUCCAACAAAGAAGGGCGACCUCCUUCUAGUGUAGGAGAAGGAGACCAAGAGGCUGUUAAAGAAGCUGAAGGGGAGGAUCCACAAAAUCAAAAUCUAAAAGGCCUAAAUGCAGAAGCUGAAGGAGAAGACCCUGCUGAAGAUGAAAAUGACAAAUACACAGAGGAAUUCCACUCAAAAGAUGAAGAUAAUCAAGAAGGUGAAGAAGAGCAUCAACCCGAAAAAACAAAAAAGCUCCCUAACGAAGCAGAGGGAGAUGACAAAGAACUAUCUAGUGGAGCUGAGGGAGAGACCCAAAAUGAGGCAGAAGGAGAAUCUAAUCUAGAGGCUGAAGACAAAGAAAAUAUUACCAAUGAACAAGACCCUUGUAAAGAAGAAGAAGGAAAGGAAGAAAGAGAAAUUGAAAGAGAAGGAGAAGGAGAAGGAGAAAAAGAGAAAGAGAAAGAGAAAGAAAUGGAAGGUGAAGGAGACAAUGAAGCUGAAGGAGAAGGGAAUCAAAAAGCUGAUGGGGAAGGAGAAACUGACCCAGAAAACGAAGGAGAAUCUUCAGAAGAAGAUGUAGAAGACAAUGACAAAGUUGAUGAUAAAUCAUUACCUAAUUCUAAGGAAAAUAAAAUCAAAAGUUCUAUCCAUAAUGAUUAUUCAGAAGUUGAUAGCGAUGGAGAGGUCUUCGAACUACCAAGUAAUAGUGAAAGCUUCAAAGCUGGCACUUUCAUCAGAUCUAGUCAACGCUGAUGUCAUGAUAAAUUUAAAGAAGCAGAGCUUGCACAAAUUCUAUUCAGAACUAGACUUAUGAUAAAGCAUCGUGAAAUGAGUAUGAGACAACAAAAAAAGCGAGCUAACCCUUUAAAUAUUGAAAAGAAGAUCAAAAGAGACGAAGAUUACCGCCCAAUCUAUCCAGAAUACCCAAAACGUAAACUUGAACAAAUAGCUAAAAAAAGCAAAGGAAAUACCCAAAAGCGUCGUCUCAAAAAGUUAAACAAAGGUUUAUAAUUCAAAUAAUUUUAAUUGAA